GACCAAUGGGACGCCUUGCUGGGGAGGGCAGGCUCCGGGCCUGACAUCCCGGUAGCCCGCUUGCUUUUUCCGGCCCCCUCGCCCCCUCCGCGCGUAGCGGAGCCCCCCAGGCGCGCGGGGAUCACCCCGGAGCAGCUGCGUUCCUAGGGUGGUCGCCUAAGCCCCUCUGUGGCUUCCCCUGCCCACGCUCAGCUAUGGCCAGCGAGAGCUCCCCUCUGCUGGCCUACAGGCUUCUGGGGGAAGAGGGGGGCGCCUUCCCUCCCACUGGAGCCGGGGGAUCUGGGGUGCCGUCAGCCCGAAAGCUCUCCACCUUCCUGGGUGUGGUAGUGCCCACCGUCCUGUCCAUGUUUAGUAUCGUCGUGUUUCUGAGGAUCGGCUUCGUGGUGGGCCACGCUGGGCUGCUGCAGGCCUUGGCCAUGCUCCUGGUUGCCUACAUCAUUCUGGCACUCACCGUCCUCUCAGUCUGUGCCAUUGCCACCAAUGGAGCGGUGAGAGGGGGCGGAGCCUACUUCAUGAUCAGCAGGACCCUGGGGCCGGAGGUUGGCGGCAGCAUCGGCCUCAUGUUCUACCUGGCCAACGUCUGUGGCUGUGCUGUGUCCCUGCUGGGACUGGUGGAGUCGGUGCUGGAUGUCUUCGGGGCUGACGUCACAGGCGCCAGUGGGAUCCGGGUUCUACCCCAGGGUUACGGCUGGAAUCUGCUCUACGGCUCCCUGCUGCUCGGCCUCGUGGGUGGCGUGUGCACACUGGGAGCUGGACUCUACGCCCGUGCCUCCUUUCUUACAUUCCUGCUGGUCUCUGGCUCCCUGGCCUCCGUGCUGGUCAGCUUUGUGGCCAUGAAACCCAAGGACAUCCAGUUGGCGCCCCGACCAGGCACCAACGGCUCCGCUGUGCCACCCCGAUAUGGCCACUUCACUGGCUUCAACGGCAGCACCCUGAAGGACAACUUGGGUGCUGGUUAUGCUGAGGACUACACCACGGGAGCCAUGAUGACCUUCGCUAGUGUCUUUGCGGUCCUCUUCAACGGCUGCACCGGCAUCAUGGCUGGGGCCAACAUGUCAGGUGAGAGUCCGCCCUUGGUGGUACCUCUGGAAACAGUGUCACAGGUACCUUUUCUCAUGCGGCCCUUAUGAUGGCUCACUGAUGGACCCUUCCUCUGCCUUUUCCUCCUGGCUAGGACCCUGCUUCAGGAAGACUAUGGGUUCUUCCGUGGCAUCAGCUUGUGGCCCCCACUCGUGUUGAUCGGCAUCUACGCCACGGCACUCUCGGCCUCCAUGAGCUCUCUCAUCGGCGCCUCCCGAAUCCUGCAUGCCCUGGCCCAGGAUGACCUCUUCGGAGUCAUCUUGGCACCGGCCAAGGUAGUCUCUGGAGGGGGUAACCCCUGGGGUGCUGUCCUGUAUUCCUGGGGCCUAGUGCAGCUGGUGUUGCUGGCUGGGAAGCUGAACACGCUGGCUGCCGUGGUCACCGUCUUCUACUUGGUGGCCUAUGCCGCCGUGGACCUGUCUUGCCUGAGUCUAGAGUGGGCUUCAGCCCCCAACUUCCGCCCCACCUUCAACCUGUUCUCCUGGCACACCUGCCUGCUCGGGGUGGCUUCCUGCCUGCUGAUGAUGUUCCUCAUCAGCCCCGGGGCCGCCGGUGGGUCCCUUCUCCUCAUGGGCCUGCUUUCCGCUCUUCUCACCGCGCGAGGAGGACCCAGUAGUUGGGGCUACGUCAGCCAAGCCUUGCUUUUCCACCAGGUGCGGAAGUACUUGCUCCGCCUGGAUGUCCGCAAGGAGCAUGUGAAGUUCUGGAGGCCCCAGCUGCUGCUCCUGGUGGGAAACCCUCGGGGUGCCCUGCCUCUGCUACGGCUGGCCAACCAGCUAAAGAAGGGGGGACUCUAUGUGCUGGGCCACGUCACUCUGGGAGACCUUGACUCUCUACCCUCAGACCCGGUACAGCCGCAGUAUGGCGCGUGGCUGAGCCUGGUGGACCUUGCCCAAGUGAAGGCCUUUGUGGACCUCACUCUGUCACCCUCUGUGCGCCAGGGCGCUCAGCAUCUACUGCGGAUCUCUGGCCUCGGCGGCAUGAAGCCCAACACGUUGGUGCUGGGUUUCUACGAUGACGCCCCACCCCAGGACCAUUUCCUAACAGACCCUGCCUUCUCCGAGCCUGCAGAGGGCACCCGAGAGGGCGGGUCGCCGGCCCUGAGCACGCUGUUCCCCCCACCUCGGGCUCCUGGGAGCCCCCGGGCUCUCAGUCCCCAGGACUACGUGGCCACGGUGGCAGAUGCUCUCAAGAUGAACAAGAAUGUGGUCCUCGCCCGGGCUUGUGGGGCUCUGCCCCCGGAGCGGCUAAGCCGGGGGUCCGGGAGCAGCGCUCAGCUCCAUCACGUGGACGUGUGGCCCUUGAACCUGCUGCGGCCCCGGGGUGGGCCCGGCUACGUGGACGUCUGUGGCCUUUUCCUGCUGCAGAUGGCUACCAUCUUAAGCAUGGUGCCCGCCUGGCACAGUGCCCGGCUCCGGAUCUUCCUGUGCUUGGGGCCUAGGGAGGCUCCUGGGGCAGCGGAGGGACGGCUCCGGGCUCUGUUGAGUCAACUCAGGAUCCGGGCAGAGGUGCAAGAGGUGCCGUGGGGUGAAGGAGCCGAGACCGGGGAGCCCGAGGAGGAGGAAGGGGACUUUGUGAACGGUGGUCGCGGAGAUGAAGAGGCCGAGGCUCUGGCUUGCAGCGCCAACGCCCUGGUGCGUGCCCAGCAGGGCCGAGGCACAGCAGGAGGAGGCGGCCCUGGGGGGCCUGAAGGAAGGGAUGGGGAGGAGGGGCCCACCACAGCCCUUACCUUCCUCUACCUGCCUCGACCGCCUGCCGAUCCUGCCCGCUACCCCAGGUACCUGGCGCUGCUGGAAGUCCUGAGCCGUGACCUGGGUCCCACCCUUCUCGUUCAUGGCGUCACUCCGGUCACCUGUACUGAUCUCUGAUGCCUGCUCACACAGCGUUGGAUGGAGAGGGCCCAGGCCCAUUCUGAACAGUGGACCCCCUCCCCCACGGACCCUGCCCUUCCGAUGAUGUUUUGAGGGGACCAUGGUCUCCUCUGCAUGGGGGGACAUAGUACACUAAUUCCGGGUGGCUGUCCCCAUUGUACAGGGGAGGACAUCGCGGCCCUGUCCCUGGCCUGCCUCUGCUUCCUUCACUGGUGCCUUGACCAGAGGGGCUGGUCUCUUCUGUGACUCUAGGCUACCUCAGUGUCCCCAUCCUGGCCACAGACGCACCGCCUCCCUCUCCCCGACGUCCUUGGGUGGCGAUGUUUGUGUUUUGUUUUAUUUUUCUAACUACUGACCAUUAAUAAAAGACCAAAACACUA